AUGCGAUUUACCACGUCAUUGAGGCUUUGGGUUUGCGCGGUUGCUGUGUCGGUAUGCAAUGCGCAGAUCUCGAAGCCGAGAGCCGGGGAUGUGUUGAUGCCGAACCAGCAAUUUGAGGUUGAGUGGCAGACGGCGGGCUUACAGGCCCCCAUCAACGUUGACCUGGUUCCCAGUGGCAAGACGGACUUGUCAGUCAUUGCGGAGAAGAUUGCAGUGCAAGUCGACAACGUCGGCCGUCUGAACUGGAACCCCAGCGCCUCCAUCACAGCCUUUGAGAGCUUCGCCAUCGUCAUUACGGAUUCUGCUCAGGCCGUCGUCGUCUCCGAACCGUUCAAGAUCACCCAGCUCACGCAGCAGCCCGUCGUCCAGACGAUUCUCGGGGCGGACCCGGCGCAGGUGGAGAUCCUCACCGCGGCUGCUGGGCCCCCCAAGGUUGUGUACUCUGGCGCGUUGCCCGCUGAGGCUAUCCCCGCCGGCGUCGCUGAAGCGGAAGCUGCCCCCACGGAGCCCGCUCUCGUCCAGCCUGAGGAGUCCAAGAAUACUAUCUCGAACGGCACUGCGCCUGGAGCCUCUCCUUCUCGACAGAGAACCGGCAAAUCCAAGAAGCAGCCCGCGACCCCCAACGAGGACGCCAAACCUCGCAACUCUUCCAAACCGCUCACGAGCAUCGCCGAGAAGAACCAGACACCUACGCCGAUAUAUUCGACCAUCCAGUCCGCCCCCUCCGCGCCCGCGUCGUUCCCGACAUUAUCAGCGACCAAGAACCAGACAGGAGUCCCAGGACGUGGCGCUGAGGUCACGCCCACGCCGAUAUACUCCACAAUCCCGGACUCGGGCCCGGCAUUCCCAAGUCUCUCGGUCACCAAGAACCAGACGGCGCCCGCGAACGCCGAGGUCACUCCUACCCCUAUCUACUCCACGUUGCCCGAUACACUCUCGAAGUUCCCGACCCUCGCGCCCACGAACAACCAAACAGCUCCGAGCGCCGAGCCGGCCAAGAGCAAAGCGCCCGCCGCCACUCAACCAGCAGUAGAAGUCCCAGCAAACCGCACCAGCAUCACGCCGGAAGCGCCACCCACGCCCUCCCUACCGAUCGUAACUCUCCCAGUUCCUAAGAACAGCACCACCCCCGCCUCGCCCCCGGCCACAAGCGCGCCUCCCGUCCUCCCGAGCGCCGCGAACCCAGCAUCAAACAGCAGCGCCACCCCUACAGGCCUGCCCGCCCUCCCCGUCACCGAGCCCGCCGCCGUGGCUCCCGUGCCCAUCGCUGCCCCGUCGGCGCCUUCGAACCCGCCGAGCGACGGUACAGGCACGGCUGUGACGAAGCCUGAGCCCCAGACUUCUGACCCGGCGGCGGCGCCGCCGUCUGCCGCCAGUUCGAGCGGCGCGUUGCCUUACAAGGGGACUCUGCCUGCGGACGGCGGCGCGGUCAAGUCCGACGUCCCUGCGUCGACUACCGGUGACCCUACCGAUACGGCUAGCGGGGUUUCGGUGACGCCUGUGCCUAGUACCACAGCUGGUGGCGGCAAGGAAAGCGAAAAGGGGGGCGACAAGAGCGGGGACGAAAGCGGUGGUUCCGGCAGUGGUUCAGGAAAGGGGUCAGGCCAAGACUCCGACACCGAAUCCGAUAGUGAGUCCGGCUCCGGCAGCGGUAGCAGCAGUAUCAGUGGCAGCAACACGGGAGUCAGGCAACCCAGCACGUCCGUCUCUUCCACGGCAGCCAUCGUGCCUACGCCCCAACCGCAACUUGGCGUCGGCAUCGGCGCCACGCCCGUCGUCCAGAUCGGACCCAGCAUAACGUUGCCGUCGUCCCUCUGGACGUCCAUGAUCCUCGAGACGGCGGCCGGUUUCGCGGCGCCGAGUGGCGGGUCCUUUGCGGUGGCGACGUCUCCUGCUUUGCUUACGGUUCCUAAUGCGGGUUGUAGGACGACGCAGGGGGGCGGGUAUGUUGCUGCUGUUUUGGGUGCUGUGACUGCGCUUUUGGUUGUUGUUAUGUAG